AUGCGCACAGAGACCAACCUGGCUGGUGACCGCGGCGCAGAACCAGGGGUCGCUAACCAGCGUAGCCACAGGAUUCUCCCGCAGGAUGGGAUAGAGAGAGCACACCACCCACCCCACACACCCCUGCCACUGGAACGCAGUCCUCCCCCAGACUCCUUCCCCAAAAAGGGAGGCGCGGGGAAAGGGAGUGCCGGGCACGGUGCCCUCAAGGUCACCACGCGCCGUGGCGGGGGCGACCGGUGGCGGGAUGGGCCGUGGCGCGGCCGAGACGGCUCCGUGAAGCCGAAGACCUGCGGGUAUGGACCAGAAGCCCCAACGAGCCCCAUCCCUCGAGCCCGGAGCAGCGACUCCGGGACUGACCCGGCGCUGAGGUGCACGGCUGGGGUGCACGGCGAGAAACCCGCUCACCUUUACAAUCACCCGACAAGAGGCAACCUGCGAGGGGCCCCGGCCGCCCCCGCCAGCUUCUCCCGAAUCCGGCGCAACCCGCCGGGCACCCAGCUAUCAGGACCCCCGCCGCGACGCCAGACCUCCGUGCUCCGCCCGGCCUCCCCCGCAGAGGAUGGGGGCUCUGUCCUCAGCGCGGUCAGCAGUCGGCUCGCACGGCUCGGGGCGCCACGCGGAGGUGCAGCUGCACCUCGGGGAUCGGGCGGCCAAGGAGCCGAGAGGCUCGGCGUCCACCAGCCGGGGCUCCCUACUCACGCUGCACUGCGAGGAGGCGGCGGCGGCGGCGGCAGCGAAGGAGGAGGAGGCGGCGCCCGGCCGUCCCCGCCCAGAGCCCGGCAGCCACCGAGUGGCCGCCCGCGUCCCCCCAGGACCCGCCUCCUCGGCUCCGCAGAGCCGCACACAGGGCGCGCCGCGCUCGCUGGGCACGGGCAGCUCAGCCGGCCUCACGCCGCCGUCCGCAACAGCAGCCGCGGGCGGGGUGCAGCCCCCUCCGUGAGCGCCGCAGCCCGCCCCGCUCUGGGCGGGGCCCGCGGGCACCGGAGAGCGGACGGCCGAGCACGAGGGGGCUGCGCGCAGCUCCGGGCAGGGACCCCGUCUGCACCGGGUGGCCAGCAAGAUUGCCGGGGUAGGCAGGGGGAGGAGAACGCUCACCCGUUCCGGUCUGGCGCUCCCUUCUCUCCACACCCACACGCCUCCCGCUCCACGCUGGCGGCACAGCUGCUCCCGCUGCCACAGCCGCCACCGCCGCCGAAGCUCGCGCCGCCGCCGCUGCCGCCUUGGCUGGGCGCGGUCACGUGAUGCGGUCCGCGGGGACCCUGGGGGCGGGCGGGUGCGCGCGCGCGCGCGCGGAGGAAGCGCGGCUCGCACCGGGACUGGGAGCGGAGCGGCACUGGGAGGGCGUUUAAGGGGAGGACCCGGCGAGCGCGCCCCCGGCUGGCGAGCGCGCGCCCGGCUAUUAGAACUUGCCGCGCGGUCGGGAAAGGGUGGCCGGACUGAGGGGCGGGGGUGGGGACUUGCGCCUCCGCACGCCCCUCCCUCUCUUCCUUCCCCUGAGCGCCUCGGCUAGCUGCUGCCCCCGCCCCCUCCAGCGCGCCCCUUCCCUCCUGCCGCAGCCUGCGAUUGGCUGAGAGGCUCUGACGUCCGUGUUUCCAUGACGUGUUGGUGCGGGAGGGAGCGGCGGGGGAGGAGGGGGUGGCUCAGGCGCGCGGGGAGGUGACUCCGUCAGUCACAGCUGCUGUUUCGGCGCGGGGCCGGGCCGCUGCCGCGACAUGUGGAGGCAGGAGAGCAAUGAUUGCGGCAGGAGAAGUGCGGGCGCCCUUCACCUGGGCCCCCUCCCGAACUGCCCCCGGGCCCGUGCCCCUCCAGGGCCCAGGAGUGAGCCAGCGGGAGGGCUAGGGCGAGCGCUCCUGGCGAGGACAGAUUAAGGCGAACCCCCAGUCAGCGGACGUUUGAGCGGCUCCUUGCCGCGUCUCUGCCCCCACUCCAAAACGGACUCGACGCGUGUCCCGGGCCGUGACGCACGCACCGGACGACAAAAGUGCUGCCCGGCUCGCUCCCUCUUUGGGGAAGAGAGCUCACUCCCCAUGCGGGCGCGGGGCACCCCACCUCUGUUCCUGCCGGUCGGGUCCGCAAACACCGGGGAUCCCGGCUGCAGCGCCCAAAGGGUUAACGCAGGCGUUCGGCCAGUGCAAACCGGCCUCACAGGAUCCGCGCUUAAAAUCCGGGUGUUUUCAUUUUGGGUUUGCUUUUUCUACUAUGCCAAGCUGAUGGCUCUCUCUUAAUGCUCUUGUAACAUCUCAACCCUGCACCCAUCUUUCCUGAGGGGAAAAGGAAACGGGAUAACUUGCGGUAUUUCGAUGCUCAAAGGUAACCGGCGGCUCUGCUCCAACCUUCAAGAGAUUUUGCAAGUUGAAAAACAAAGAAAAUCAUCCUUCGUAACAUCUACUUAAAACAAAAAAAAAAGCAGGUUUUCCUUCUUGUACACACAUAUACACAGUAAAGAUGUGUAUCUUACCUUAGAUACCGCACUUCA